CUUCGUUCGUCUCUCUCAGAGAAGAAGCUGAAAAAUAUGACGACGUAUCAACAACCAAUGAAACCAGGAAAGGCUGGUUUGGAAGAGCCACUCGAGCAGAUUCAUAAGAUCAGGAUUACUCUAUCCUCCAAGAAUGUCAAGAACCUCGAGAAAGUGUGCACUGACUUGGUUCGUGGAGCCAAGGACAAGAGACUUAGAGUCAAGGGUCCAGUGAGAAUGCCCACCAAGGUUCUUAAGAUCACCACCCGAAAAGCUCCUUGUGGUGAAGGAACUAAUACAUGGGACAGAUUCGAGCUUAGGGUACACAAGCGAGUGAUUGAUCUCUUCAGCUCUCCUGAUGUGGUCAAGCAAAUCACAUCCAUCACCAUUGAACCUGGUGUCGAGGUCGAGGUCACCAUCGCCGAUUCUUAGAUCUCAACUUUUUGUUUCCUUCCUUGGAAUUCUCUGCAAGAACCAACCAAUUUUCUUUCCUUUGUUUGACAAACCAAUGUUUUCUUGUAGCACAACCAUAGUUCUUGUGUUUUCUUAGUUGAUGAGAUUUUAUUUACAUCUAUCUAUCAAGAUGAGACCAUAAUUACGUUCUCUACUCUCAAUUUAAGAUCCUCUUUGAUA